UUUCAACACUACUAUAUAACAAAUAAUUUGAGCAACCAAGAAUGGCGUAUGCGUAUCUUUUCAAGUACAUUAUCAUUGGGGAUACCGGGGUUGGGAAAUCGUGUCUUUUACUGCAGUUUACGGACAAGAGGUUUCAGCCAGUUCACGAUCUGACGAUAGGUGUUGAGUUUGGAGCUAGGAUGGUUUCUAUCGAGGGUAAGCAGAUAAAGCUCCAGAUAUGGGAUACCGCUGGUCAGGAGAGUUUCCGGAGUAUUACCAGGUCCUACUACAGAGGAGCAGCAGGAGCACUGCUGGUGUACGAUAUCACCAGAAGAGACACAUUCGACCACCUGGCAAGUUGGCUGGAAGAUGCCAGGCAGCACAGUUCAAGUAACAUGGUCAUCAUGCUCAUUGGCAACAAAUCUGAUCUUGAGUCAUCUCGGCAGGUAUCAAAGGAAGAGGGAGAACAAUUUGCUAAAGAACACGGAUUGAUAUUCAUGGAAACAAGUGCUAAAACAGCUGAUAACGUCGAGGAAGCCUUUAUUGGGACCGCUCAGCAGAUUAACGAAAUGAUUAAGAAAGGAGUGUUCGAUGUGAGUAACGAGGCUAACGGAAUAAAGAUAGGACCACAGAACCCAAAUGCUGGUUCCUCAAUGAACCCUAACAACGGACAACAGGGCGGGGGCAUGUGCUGCUAGAAACAUUUCUGUUUUAAUAAUUUAAUUGAUGAGUAAUGAUACAGCCGGACUGUAUAUUAUCAGUGUGUCUACUACAGCUUGUCCAGUUAAAUUCCACUAAAAAUUAUUUGCAGUUUAAUUAAAUUUCACAUGAGUUAAAUUUCACAUUUGAUAUUAAAGAGGCAUCGAAAGAAAUUGUAAAUCCCUCUGAUGGCUUCUUAAUUUUCACUAACAGUUUAAAAAUCAAUAAAUCCCCCUAGUUAUCUGAUACAUGUAUCUUUUAUCGUUAAAAUAUCCGUUUCUUCUGCCCCUAGGUGAGAUUAGUGUCCCACGCCUUGUCGUAGAGAACUUAAAAACAAUGGAAUGUCGAUUUUGUUUAAAAAAGGAAUGAAGUAUUUAGAGUAAGGAUUGUCUAAUUUACGAGCUAAAGAAUAUUUAAAUUAUUUUGUUUUAUCGAGUAGUUGUUUACCGCGAGGAUUGUGCAAACAUGCAACAUUACUGUGCUUAUCAAUGGGAACUUUUAAUUGACGUCCUGUGUUUUUAGUUCUUAUAAUAGUUGUAUUUUGACCACAUUUGCGGAGUGGAUACUGGACUAACAAAUGUAUUUUCCUCUUUUUGCUUUUGUUCAAUUCAGAAAAUUUUGGAAUCAAACUUUAAAUGCAUUAUUUGAGGGUAUUUAAAUUACGUGAUAAUAUCUGUUGACUAUUGUGAUACUGCUCAGUCAAAAGGUUGCUUGAAUACUUGGAAAGUCGUGAUGAAAUUUAAUUUGAAUAUGUAAAUAUCGAUAUUGAUUAAACUAUAAAUGAA